AUGACUUCUGAGUCCUUCUCUCUACCAAAACUACGACGACUCCACAAGUUAGGUACACAGCCGCUAACGCCUCAACAGCUGUUGUUCUCCGGCGGCUUUCUGCAUUUACGGCGAUUCGAAUCUUCAAACGGCACCAAGGAUAUGAGUUGUAGCUGCUUUGGCUCCUCACGUGACAAGCAUGCCGAUCAACCGAGACUAGAUGAAGCAGGUCCCUCAAUAACGAAGACUAAAAAUUUUGCAUAUGGUGAUUUAAGAGCAGCUACAAACAACUUCAACAAUCGAACUAACAAAAUAGGACGCGGAGGUUUUGGCAUAGUUUACAAGGGAAUUCUUAAAAAUGGAAGUGAAGUAGCAGUGAAGAUGCUUUCCGCUGGGUCAAAACAGGGAGUGCACGAGUUUUUGACUGAGAUCGAUACCAUAUCAAAUGUCAAACAUCCCAAUCUUGUCAAGUUACUUGGUUGCUGUGUUCACGGACCUGACCGGAUUUUGGUGUAUGAAUAUUUAGAAAAUGGCAGCAUUGAUCAUGCUCUAUUAGGUCCCAAGAAGUCCAAAGGAUUGGAUUGGAAAACAAGAUCUGUCAUUUGCAAAGGGACCGCGAGAGGACUUGCAUAUCUACACGAAGAACUUGUGCCUCGUAUUGUGCAUAGAGACAUUAAAGCUAGUAAUAUUCUUCUGGACAAGAACUUCCACCCUAAAAUUGGAGACUUUGGAUUGGCUAAACUCUUUCCGGAUGACAUUACCCAUAUUAGCACAAAAAUAGCAGGAACAACAGGUUACCUGGCUCCUGAGUAUGCAUUAGGUGGGCAGUUAACAAUGAAGGCUGAUGUCUACAGCUUUGGGGUUCUAACCCUUGAAAUCAUAAGCGGCAGAAGCAGUGCAUAUACAGAUUAUGGAGGUGGCGAGAAAUUACUAGUUCAAUGGGCAUGGGAGCUUUACGAAGAAGGGAAACUGCUCGAUCUUGUAGACCCAGAGCUUGGGGAGUUUCUAAAAGACGAGGUUAUCAGAUUUAUGAAAGUGGCUUUGUUCUGCACUCAAGCAAAUGCAAGCAGGAGGCCGUUGAUGAGCCAGGUCUUUGAGAUGCUGUCUAGAAAUGUAAAGCUAAACGAGAAGGAGCUCACAGCCCCGGGUUCCUUUCAGAAUUCAGGUCAACCAGGUGGCAAGCAGUCAAAGAUGAAAUCAACCGUUACCUCGUCUAGCAACCAAACGAGUUCUUUUCCCACCACCAUCACUCAGCAGCGUGACCACUGCGCCCACUGGACCGGCCUCGGCUGA